CAAGGAAUGAAGGCUUCUCGGGCCUCAUGGCCCCGGCUAAGCGAAGGAAGCGAGUUGCGAAGAUCGCCAGAGACACUUCCGAAGCUCGAGGAUGCGGCCUUGAGAACACUCUCCUCGUCGAGUCGAUCGAUGCCAGUGCUCAUUCUACCGGUCUCACGUCUAAUCGUCAUUUCAAGUGCCCGGGUUGAGGCAUACCAUCUACGCAACAAUCAAGCCCCCAAACUUUGCAAACCAUUGAUUCCUUUGAAUCCUGUCUGUGUCUACUCGACCUUGAUCUUGCUAUCUGACGUGCUGUACCAUUCUCAGUAGCGCAUUCGCUGCGAUGGCCACGAAGCUGCGGAAGAGUCGGAUCCACCCAAGUCGACAGGCUGGCAAUGAUUCAGAUGGCAGACUUGCACAAAGCACAGGCGGUGGACUCGGCCACAGACUCGGCGAAAAAAGUCAACGAUCCACCCCUCCACGGGCGGACACAGACCUCGCAGAGAUACUGAGACAGCAAUCUCAGACACCGCCAGCAAAAGCCAAAAUCCUUCCUUGGGUCAUCGGCGUGGAGACUGAAGGAUACCAGCCUCCAGAGGGCAUGUUUGGACCCUACGACUCUCAACCGCCUACUCGCGUUCAGAGCUUCCACGAAAGUCAAGGCCCUCAGCGGUCCAUCCAUCCUUUUGCGUAUAAGCCAGCACUGCCCUUUUCUGCUAUCGCUGGCGAGUCAGCUGAAGUCAUGGCUGAACAGUCACAACCUCGACCAGAGAGCGAAGUGCUGAGCCGAGGUGCCGGAUUGCGCUACUUUUCGAGACCGAAAGACGCUACCCCAGGUGCCGGCUUGGUAGGAGGGGGAGAAGGUGGUCAGGAAACGCCAAUGACGGACCUCAGCCCAGACAUGGGCACAUUUGGAAUUCAACCAAGUCAGGAUAACUUGCCCUUGCCUCAAGUCAACGCUGCUACUGCGAGAAAGCCUGUACCAGCUUUGGGGAUCACCGAAUUUUUAGGGCCGAAAGCCCCGUCAGAGACCAUCCCUGUGGCUGGUGCUGCUCCCACGGGUUCAUACGCCAAGGCACCUUCGGAGGGUGCAGCUGCCUCGGGGACUGCAGCACCUCCACAUCCUACUCCUCAUCUUCACCGCUCCCACCCCGAGUUCCCCUUCAGUCCCCUUGAUGCGGCUCGAAAGCAGGACGAAGCGAUGCGACAAGCUCGAGCGGAAGCUCUUGCUUCGCUAGAGAGCAUGAACGAAUAUCCAAGGGGAGCGACUAGUCCAGGCGGAUCCAAGGGGCCUCGAGGGACCAUGGAGACAAUGACCAGUGAUCCGAGCUUCGGUCACAUUUUCCACAAAGAUGGCGUGCCAAUGUCGAGGCACAUCUCGACGCAAGGACCGCCACUACCAUUUCCCAACAUGUCCUCAGGUGGUGCGCUCGGGGGCAGCUUUUACCGAAUCCCUUUCGGCGUGCCCAUGUCCAUGUCCCUCCCAAGACCCCUGCUGAUGUCUCGAGAUUCAGCCGGUUUAGGGAUAGGCGUCAGCUUACCACCUCAAUUGACCAAGCUCUUCACACCUCCACUCAGUCGUGUGGCGGAAAGCCCGGAAGGUAGACAAAGGAAGGAUGACCGUAGUGCUUAUGUCGAGACUGUACAUGAUGAGCAGGAGCCUGUCGAUCCGACCGUAACUGCGAGACAAGUUCGCUCUGGAGGUCCAUCUCGAAGCGACGAGUCUGCUGCCUUGGCAGAAUCCGGGAUCCAGCCUCAAGAACAGCCGUCCCCUGACGAAGCACCCCCACUUCCUCCAAAGAGCCCUACAUUUGACACACCUCGUCCACUUGCAAGUGCACUUGCGCACCCCCCGCAAGAGGUACCAGCUCAAACCUCGCAUAUGGCGACUCAAGGGAGCGUCACUCCUGGCCUGCCCCCUUCACCUAGACCUGGGCCCCGGCUCUCGACAACGCCAAUCCCAGCUCUCGGCACCGCCUUCACCUCGAGAACGGAACCUGGUCGAAACGUUUCGUACGCUUCGCAAAUGCCGACCAUGGGGACUGCCUCGCCUGGUCCGCUCAAACAGGAUCUGCAGGCCGAAAGUCCAGCUGAGUCUGUCGCGCCGACCAAUGCGAGCAACGAACAAGAUCUCGUCAAAGAGAGCAAGUUCCAUGAUGAAACGCUGUGUCAGCUGCUUGAUGCGGCCAGACUCAAUCUCAUCGGGAGUGAGGCGAAGAAGGCUCUGAACCGAGCCGCACGAGACCGGGUCACGGAGUUACGAGCACUUCGCGAUAGUGGACAGCUGGAGGAUGUGAUCAUUCCUGUUCAGAGCAUGAAAAAUCGAGAGAGAAAGUCGAAACAUUCUCAUGGGAAGCAGGCAAGAGGCCGCAGCAGCUCCAAUCGACACACAAGAUACUCUUCUGAGGAUGCCAAUUCGCCCCCGCCUUGGGCUGAAGAAAUUCUUAAACGGCUGGCUGCAUUCGAGAAUCGCUUCGCCGCGCUGGAGCAGCAAUCAAACGAAAAGCUGGUCAGUCAAGACCUUGCGGGUGAUCUGAUCGACGAUCUCCUCUUCAACGACGUUGCAGGCAUGACGACCUUACCUGCCAAUCUCCAAGCGGUUCUGGGCUUCCCUGGAGCCAAUUUCACUCCCGCCCAGUCACGAACUGCCACACCCCGUGGUGCUCGGAUCAGUACGCUCUCGCCUGAGAAGUCGAAUACCGGACAUCAAGGCGAGCUCAUCUCAUGGGGAUCAGAGGUCGAGCUCCCACCGCCAGAGGAGCGCGUGACACCUCCCAAGACACCUCUAGCGCCCGUGAUCAACAUUCAAGCUCCGACUGAGAGCAAUGUGGAGAAAUCUCAGCGUGCUGUCAGCGCGACCCAAGCCAGUCAGCCCCGCUCGGUUCGUUCUCCCAGCAUGGCUCCAGAUCACGACGACGACCACCCUAUCGCGCUGCCCGAUCCCACCGAGCGAGACUUGCCUGCUACUCCGACUGAAAGCAUCAGGUCUCAUCGAGCGUCACCGGCGUUGCCGAACAAGGUUCCACUGCCACCUUCGAUCCCUUCUACUGGUCAAGCAGUCAGCCCUCAAGCAUUCUCACACGCAGUACUGCAAAGUCGCGCAACGAUUCCUCCGCCUCAAUCGAGUCGAAUCCCACAGGUGCUACCUCCUGGUGUACAUGCACCGUCCGGCUUCCCGUUUCGCGCACCAAGUGGACAAGAGCCUCCUAAGCUUCCUACUCCUGUGGAUGGCACGGAUGUGGAUCAGCGGGAAACGGUUUAUAGGACCGCAUACGAAGGGUCCCCAAAGGUCCCUGAGCGAUCUCUUGCGCGUGAUAGGGUACAAGUCCAUGAUCAGAGUCCCUUGGAGGAUCUGACGCCUUGGGACCUGGUUACUCAACGGCUAUACUCCUGGGCUCUGGUCUGGGAGGAGCGAAGCUUGGUUUCUGCUCUGAAAGAGAUCAGCUUGGGUCGGCAAGUGGAUGAGUUCGCCCUCAGCAUCUUCGUGAUGAUAACGUUGAAAAGGAUGCUCCGUCGCAACCUGUCAGAAACGCCACAACGGGUAUGCGACAAGCUGCUUAUCCCGCCUACCAUUGCCAAUGCCAUCAAUCAGGCAGUCCAUUCCAAGAAUUUUAAAGCGGCUCAGCAGAUGAUGGAGGACUUGUGGUAUCCUUUCUCCUUCAAGGAGCCGCCUAGGAUCAUCAUCGCAUUAGCGAGGCACAGGAGCGAACCUGACUCAUGGACGGCUCAUCGAUUCGAUCUUUCCACUGGCUCGCUUCGCAGCUACUCAGUGACGCAUGAGGACAAGCAGUUGAAGGAUGGCAGACCAUUCAUGUGGUGGCAUGCCAUCCGUUUGGCUUGGCCACAGUACAAGAUCCCUGAUCCCGAUGCGUUGAGUCAGAGGCUCGAGAAGGUCCAUACAUUGCCUGAGAACAAAGAUGAUAAUUCGCUCGAGGCGUUGAAUUACGCUCGCAACCUAUUUGUCGGAUAUCGACCGGAGCGAUCUACGGAUCUGACAAAGUUGAGAGAGAGCGUCUGGUCCGAAGUCAAGCGCUUGUUGCAGAAGAAGCGAGGAGGACAGCUUGUGGUGGACAUGCACUCGCCUCCUCAUGUUGAUGAUCUGUGAAGAACGAUCUAGCGACACCUGUAGACU